UUCGGAUAAGUAGCUAGAAAGCCAUACAUUAAAAUUACCAGACACCCCCAUUGCAUCCAGUUUGGCAAGCAAAAUUUUGUGAGACACCCUAUCGAAUGCUUUAGUAAAGUCCGUGUAAAUGGCAUCCACUUGUAUACGAUUUUCCAUGGCAUUGAGAAAGUAUCCAGAUUUAAGUGAUAGCGAAUAAAGGAACAGCAAUGGUUUUGCCAAAGUAAAACGGCACUCCUUUAAGAUUAGUGGUGGUACUCCAUCUGGGCCGACACCUUUUUUAGUAUUCAAUUGUUCAAGUUUUGUGAAAACAUCAUUUGCAGAGACAGUUAAAGUAUUUAAAUGUACAGUCUUAACAUAUUGAAAAUCAGGUACACAAGUACCUGAUCCUAUCAACAUGUCGAACGAUAUCGGCUUAAUUAAGCUGAAAUCGGAGUUGCCUCUGAAGCCUGGAAGCAUUAUCGAUUCAAUACCAUUCGCGAAAGAGGAUAGAAAUUCUGGAUCUUGCAUUGUUUCCGGAUGGGGAGUUAAAUCUUUUGGAUCAAAGAAACCCACCAUAUACCUCUAUUGGGCAAACAUGGAGAUUUACCCUUUGUCUGAAUGCGCGAUUCAGUAUGAGCUAGCCGGUACUCAAAUCACAAACGGCAUGGUGUGCGCAAUGUCAGACAAACUGGAAGGGGCUUGUCAAGGAGAUUCUGGAGGGCCACUAACUUGCAAUGGAGUCCUCAUGGGAAUUGUCUCAUUCGGCGUGGGUUGUGCGCACAAGACCUAUCCUGAGGUUUUCACUAAUGUGGCUUACUACAUCGAUUGGAUCGAUUCGACAAUUCGAAAAGUCGAUACAACUACGUCGACUUCCGUUGCUAAACCAAUUGUUACCACACCAUCUGUUAUUGAUAUGAACACCACCGCUGCACCACCUAAACAUAGGGAUAGUACCACGGGUAGCGGUAACUCAGCCUCAUUACCAGUCAUAUCUUCAAAUAUGAGUUUAUUACUACUAUCGUUGUGUAUGUUCAGCUACAAAAUAAUGUCAGCAGUUAAUUGA